CCGUUGUUUGAAGGGGGGGGCGGAGAUCUGGUCCUUCCUGGUUGGUUUCGCUCUCGCCCACACACACGCCCUCGUUAUCCUUUCACCUCCUGUGGGACUUUCCUGGCACAACGUCUCCUCCGUCCAGUCGAGUAUCGGGCGUAUCGGUUUGUGGGCGGAGCCGCCCCCCCCCCCCCUCGGGAAUGGGAGGGGCGGACUUUUUUCGGGUGCCUUUAUUUAUCGGUCAAUGGAGGAAGGAAGGAGAAGCUGGUGGUCGGGCGACGUGACGACUCCAUGGAGGGGAACGUGGACGUCGGGGUGGAGAUGCUCCCGGAAGAGGCGACUCGGAGGCUGAUCGGCGCGCAGCGGGCGCAGGACCGGAGGCUCAGGAGGCUCCAAUGGGCCGUCACCGUCUCCUCCCUCGCCCUCCUCGGAUUGUUCUGCCUCACCCUCUACCAGACCUUCGGGAACCUUCCCCCUCCUCCUCCCGGCAAGACUGAAAGGUCCCCUCAGAUGAGCGGAAACCCGAUUUGGAAGGACUUGAAACCAAUGGCUCAUUUAACAGCACCGGGCCCUUAUUUAAAGGCAGAGCCAAAUGAUACUUUUCUACAUUGGCAAUCUAGUAUUGGGUUGGCCUUCGUAAAGGAUGGCAUGAAGUAUGAAAACAAGUCAAUCCACAUUAAAAAAAAUGGAUAUUAUUUUGUCUAUGCUCAAGUGUCCUUGAAGACUCCUCACGAAUCCAACAAAGAUCCUUUUGAAUUGAAGAUCAUAAAGGAGAAUAACAACUACCCUGAGGCGGAGGUUCUUUUCAUUGGAAAAAUACACAAAAACGGACAGCAGACCUACUUGGCUGGCCUUGUUAAUCUACGUAAUGGUGAUCGGCUGAAGGUUAAUGUGUCUUUUAUUGACCAAGUAGACAUCUAUUCUGAACACAAAACUUUUUUUGGUGCCUUCUGGGUUAUGUGAAACUAUCCUGCAGAUGUGAACAGUUUAUCUUCAAGCUUUUUAUUAUAGACUCCGAUGUUAAUUUAUAAGUCAUCUUGCUUAAAGCGGAGUUCCGGCCAUAAUUUCACUUUUUAAAUAUAAAUACCCCUGUAAUAC